CCCUCUCUCCUGAUCUCCUCCACUCCGGCUCUCCCCCGUGGAACGCCCCGGCGACCAGCAAAAAAAUCGGCCUGCCUUUUUGGCGCGCCCGACCUUUAUAAGCGCGCGCCUCGCACGGGGUCGCCCGCCCCGCUUCCUUGGCACUGGCAGAGCCUCGCUCUCUCCCCGUUUUCCACGCGCGGCGGCUCCUCGGUGCACACUUUGCAGCGGUCGGCCGGGACACCCACGCACACCCACACGACACGCAACAUAGUUUCCUCGCAGCUCGCCGCGGUGGGAUGGAGCCGGCGGACAGGGGCUGUGGAGGGCGCGGGAGGGGGUGGAAGGGGAAAGCCGUGACCUCGGGCGGCCCCGCCGCGGGGAGGCAGCUGGCGCCCGUUUUAGAAGACGCGCCGGCGGCCGCAUUGCUCCGGCCCCUGAAGAAGAUCCGCAGCCUCCACCGCUCCCUGUCCACGCUCUCCUCGCCGGCUCCCGCGUCCCCCGACUCGUCGUCCUCUCUUUCCAACCCCGUGUCGCCGCCGGCCACGACGUUGCCGUCCACGCGACACGUAUUUCCGUUCGCGUACGAUCCGGCUCCGGCGGCGCCGGCGGCACCGAGGCUCUUGCCGCUGCUGCAGUACUCCAGCGUGUACCACCAGCCCCUGCCCCCGCAGCAACAGCAGCCGUUGCAGCACCAGCAGAUGAUUUCCUUCGGCGGCAGCCAGCAGCAUCAGCAGCAGCCACCGUUCGGGGCGCCGGCGAGCCCUCCGUUCCCGCCGCAGCUCGUGGCGCCGGAGGUGCAGCAGCAAAUGCUGCUGCGCUACUGGAGCGAGGCGCUGAACCUGAGCCCGCGCGGCUUCCGCGGCGGGGCCGUGCCGCCGGCGCUGUACCAGCAGCUGCGGCGCUCGGCGGGGCCGCCCAAGCUCUACCGCGGCGUGCGGCAGCGCCACUGGGGGAAGUGGGUGGCGGAGAUCCGCCUCCCGCGGAACCGCACGCGGCUGUGGCUCGGCACCUUCGACACCGCCGAGGACGCCGCCAUGGCGUACGACCGCGAGGCCUUCAAGCUCCGCGGCGAGAACGCCAAGCUCAACUUCCCCGACCUGUUCCUCGGCAAGGGCCGCGUCGGCGGGAGCGGGCGCACCAGCGCCAGCGCGGCGGCGUCCUGCUCAUCCUCCUCGUCCUCCGCCCCGCCGACGCCGGACGACACGAACACGAAUCCAGCUCAGCAGCAUCACGGGGAACAGCCGUCCAGCUGUGAAGCCAAGCCUCUGCUCCCCGAAACAGAGCAGGCGAACAACUCGGAGCCCGAGUCGAAUCCUCAGCUCCAACCGGUCGAUCAUCAGGGCGGUGACUGCAACGCGGCCAUGUUGCAGCCGUCGGUGACGUCCGGCGGCGUGUGGGGUCCGGCCGAUGAGGCGUGGUUGAGCGCCUGGGGCCCGGGCAGCUCUGUCUGGGACUACGACAUGGACAACGCCCACGGCCUCUUCCUCCAGUCUCGCUUCGCCGGUGAGGCGGCCAGCAUGGACUACGAGUCCAGCGCGCCGGUUGCCCCGGCUACACCGGUGGCAGGGACUGCCAUGGCCUCUGCUGCCUCCAUUUCUCUUCCUCCCCCUCCCCGCAGUCCAGCCUACACGUGGAAGGACUGAGCAUCGCACACGAUCCUCACACAGAGGAAGUAACCAGGAUGCGGGAUGCGCACAGGCUGCAGGUUUUAAGAGACAGCUUGUGGCAUCGCGCAGCACGAUCACUAUCACCAUUUCACAAAGCAGGAGCAUCUGAAGGACCACCAUUUUUACCUGGACCUUUCUCUCUGACCACUUUCCUCUCCUGAAACACCACAAGGAAUCCCGGCUGCAUUUUUGAGGCCGGGACAAGGGUGGCCUCUAUUUCAAUCGCCACCCUUGUUGAUAUUUCCAUGACGAUUCAUGAUUCGCACAUGAUCUUUAUUUAGGUAUUUCUAGCUUGCUCGCUUGCUGCAGGAUUUGUAGUUGCAUAGCUGCAUGAAGUAGUGUUUCUGCCUUUAGUGAUUCCUAAAGGCAUGGAAGGAGGAGACGAGUUUUAUGCUCUCCCCUGCUCUUUAGUUGAGGUCCAUGCUUUCUGCACGUACUGCAUAGUACUAGUACUUGUAUGAGGAUCAGUGUUUGUGUGUCUUGAUUUGGAAUAUGUAAGUCAUCAGCCAAAGUACUUUUAUGCUGUGUCAGUUUCAUGUUU